AUGGCUGCGCUGCUCGGAAAUCCGACUAUGACCAAUCUCUUCUCGAGCACACCAGAUAGACUGCCACCAACAUUCGAAGAUCCGACGGGCCUCUGGCUCAAUCCCUUAAACAUAUCUCAGAGUGACAAAGGAUCGUUGAUCCAAAGCUUGAACGAGCAAAAAGCCAGCUCCGAAAAUCAUCUACGCGCGAACCCAGAAUACAAGCCUCAACCGCACCUCGCCCGAAAGACCCGCCGAUCUUCGAAGCCCUACAUCUCACGCCAUGAUGUCAGCCCCGGAAGGGCGAGACACCUCGAACGGAACCGUGUUGCGGCGAACAAAUGCCGCAUGAAGAAGAAGGAGGAGCACAAACAGAUCCAAAGCGUUCUAGACAGCGAGACUGCGAAACACGAGGCGCUGUUGGCGCAAGUGAACGUGCUGAAAGAAGAGAUCUGGCAUCUCAAAAACCAGAUAUUUGAGCAUGCAACAAAAUGCGACGACCAGCAGAUCAACCUACAGCUCCCGCUGAUGCCUCAGAAGGUGCUGGGAGCAAACAGCAACGUGGUGCCAUGUCUAUCACCAACGUUUUCGGCUAGUACGCGGUCCGACGGAUCGGUCGGGGAUGGAGAUAGUGGUGGGGUCGAGUCAGGCGCGCUUGAAGAUGUCGCAGAUGCUGCGCCCGUGGACUAUCCUGAUGGCCUCUUUGAUAGCUUCAUUGAUGUGCUAAACAUGUAG